CUCCCAAAUGCCGCAACGGUGGACUCUUGCCAUGACUCAUCUGAACUGUUCACUGUCUCGACCUUCCCGCCUCUUCUUCUCUACCUAGAAAAGCCCUAGCGUCCACACUCCAUUUGAACACCGCUUAAAAGCUCCGUACAUCUUCAUCUUCACUUCGAAAGGACGCCGCUAAAGGAUACUCCGAUGGCCUCGAAAGUGGCUUCAAGAGACAUUCAGGAUAUCAUCUCCAAGCUCUCAUCUGACAAGGCCAAAAUUCGAGAUGAAGGGAUGAAAUUGUUGAAUACAUGGCUGGAAGGCGAGCGAUCAAUUGGAUUUUGUAGAUAUUUAUCUGAGAAAUCUUCAACGAUCAAGCCCAAUGAAAUUCCACACUCUGAGACAUGGCCAUUUCUUGUCAAAACUUUGAUACAAUGUGUGUCGCUGGAGAUCUCCUCAAGCAAGAAGCGAUUGCCAAAGUUAAAUUUUGCUAAGACGCUACGGAUUGUCGUUCAACGAGCUGAGGAUGAUAGAUUUUUCGAGAAAAGUAUGUUUCUGUUACCCGUGGCCAGAGUACUAUUCAAUCAUGUGUGGGAUGUUCUCAAGGAUGUGCCGAGCUUUCAAUCGGAGUAUGGUGUUAUUCUCCGGCAUCUUUUGGCAGCUGCAGAUUAUAGAUUUCACAUUCGUAAACGAGUAUAUUCUAAUCUUGUUCUUCUAUUCAUGGAGAAGGUUGAAGUUAGCUUGAGUACAGAAAACAUUAGCCAAUUAAACCCUAAAGAGGAGGUUUUCCGCUAUACCUUGACACUCCAGUCACUUCUUGAAAACCCGCCUGGAGAUAUUCCGGAUGAGCUCCGCGACGACAUAAUUAAGGGUUUUAUUGGAAUUUUUUCUCAAGUUAGGGAUGAAGGAAAAGUUUCACGGAAGCUUGUUGAGUGCAUCAAUACCUAUUUGUCAAAGGAUGGCACGAAUUUGGGUUGCAAAUCCCUGGAAAUUCAUGAUGCUGUACAUAAAUUUGUGUUUCGUUGCUGGUUUGCAACUCAUGAUCGGAGCCUAAAGGAUACAUUUAUUUGCUACGCAAAGUUGCAAUUAAGUGUAACUAGAGGGGUCAUUGAUGGUACUGCCAUACUUGAACAAUUUCUGGAUGUGGUUAGCAAGGAGCUUGAUCAAAUGAGUGUUUUCAGCACCAACAUACCAAGCAAUAUUGCAUCAAGGAGUGAUUCAAGCAGAGAUGAAAAAUGUGGAGUUUUGACGAGCUCACAGAACAGUGUGGUUGAGCUUGCAGCCCUUGUCUUUUGCAGGGUGUGUACUAGUAAAUCAAAAACACUGAGUGGUGAUAAAAGAGCCAGACAGGAGCAUACUGUGGUCCAGAUAAAAGAGAGGCUUGUGGAGGGGAAAUGGUCAUGGCAUGCCGCAUUUUGUUGUCUUAUCCGCAAGUAUUCAACUCGUGUAAAGAGAGAUCUCUUCAUAUAUUGGUUUGAAAACAUAUCUGCAGUUUUUGAAAGAAUAGCUAACAAUGUGAAUUUGGAGAAUUCUUAUGAUGGUCUUUUGUGGACAUUACGGAGCUUGCAGAGUUUCUUGGCUGAUAUCAUUUCUGAUCUGGCUCUGCUAAUGAUUCCACAGGUUGAGAAAGGUUGGCGUAUAAUUUGGAGCUGUCUCAUCCGUUGUUUUCCCACUUUCAUUAAUGUAACCCCAAUUGUAAGCAUAGUUCUUGAAAUCCUAACUGGAUCUGUAAAUCCUUCCCUUGGUGGAUGCUGCUAUGAUGCUCCUUUGCAAUAUCAUGUUGAGUGUAAGAUCAUCAUCACUGGAGAUUUAAGUUUCUUUCCCUGUGAUGAAUUUUCUUUUGCUAAACAAUCUGUUCUAUGCUUUGCCUCAUGCUACUUUUCCAGGAGAGCUUCGCAGGGCGAUCACCGAGAUGCAUUUUAUCUCAGACAAAAUAUCCUACGAGCAGUUUUGGCUUUACUCAACUUGAAGGAAUGUUCAUCGUUGAAUGAGCGUUUGGUAGUUGCGUUACCAGUAGCUGCAUAUGCCCUGUGUUCUGGUUCUGCUUGUCCAAUAAAUGAGCCUCUCGGACUUGCACAAUUACUCCAUGUUUCUGAAUCCACGAGUGAAAGGGUCAAGGAAGAGGAACAAUCACUUGAAAAGCUGCAUGAUUUUUUUGAGUGCUCUGUGGAAGUCCUUGCGAGGAUUAGUGAUGAUUCUGAGCAAAAGGGUACCCUUUCGGAGUAUCCACAUAUACGUCUGCCCCGGCAACUAAAGGAUAGGCUGCUCCAGGAGAUGGAAAACUACGUUCUUGAAUGUAUCAGGGAUAAAGAAAAUGAGAAAUUUCUCCUACCAGAACUCAUCAACAUAUGUGCUCUUUUAUCUAAUUUCAUGUACUGUUCAUACUCAUCAAGGAUUAGAGAAGACAUCUCUCCUUUCUUUUUCAAACUUGGUGAGGCCAUGCUAGAGUUGCUGGAUCAUGCUAUUUCAGUGAUUGAAAAAACUUGCAAUGAUUCUAUCUCCGGUUGUUGGGGCUUGAACUCUCUUUUCAACAACGCAGAAUUGACAGUGGCUUCUUUUAAAAGCUUUAUUAGCUCACCUCUGCUUAGCAAAUGGCCAGAGAAAAAUAGCACCAGUAGGGGGCUAUAUCCUAGAAUUAUUCAGUCAGCCGAGAAACUUUUGAAAGGUCUAGCGAAACUGUAUGAAGGAUGUUCAGGGCACAGAAUGAAUAUUCAUGCUAACAUAACCUCUCCUGACUUACCUUCUGUCUUGGAUUCUGUUCCACUUGGUAGAAGCAAAAGUUUGAUUUUAGACAUGGAGUUGGAUAUAAAUGGUGGAUCCAUGCAUGUUGAUAGUUUAGCUGUUGAUGGUGAUGGUGAUCAUACAUCUGGAGCUUCCAUUUCAUUCGUGAAUCAGAAAAUGGACCUCUUGUUAAUCAUGUCAAGUUUUUUCUCAAUUUUACCAUCACUUACCUGGGAAAUUUUGUUUAAUCUCAAGGAGAAAGAGAGUAAUCCAAAGGUUUCGGAAAAGUUCCUACUCAUCCUUUGUCAGCAUCCUCACUGGUCUUCGUGUAAACAGCUAUUGGAUUUGAUUACAUCGAUGGCUGAUAUUAUCCACACCUGGGAAAAUCUUAAACUCCAAAGUUCAUAUGUCCUUUGUGGCAUUUGUAAUUUGGUGGGAAGCCUUCUACAUUUAGAUGGAGCAGGGAAGCAUGAGACUGUUGCUUAUUCUUCAGGGGAAAAAUUGUUUGAUGAGUGCUUGAUUUCACUUGGAGAUUUGGUCAAUAAAGUCUUCGAGAAUAGCUUUUUGGAUUGGCGUGAUCGCUCUAAGCUUGUUGACUGCAUAUGCAGUUUUAUCUCACUUAGACCACAAAUUGCUCAACAGUCGAUGAUUGAGAAACUGUUUAUGCUGCUGCGGGAUCCUGAUUAUCGAGUUAGAUUUUGCCUUGCACGUCGGAUUGGUGUUCUUUUCCAGACAUGGGAUGGUCAUUUAGAGCUCUUCCAGGAUGUGUACAGUUUGAAGAAUUUAUCAAUUUCCUACAUUUUGGCUUUUCAUAUUUAUGGUGGUGUCUGCAUGAUGUGUAGUAUAUACUACCAGAAUUUAUUCCUAAAUGGCUACUCCUUUCAAGCUGUUUUUAUGGUAUGUGUGAUUGCGGCGAUUGAUCCCCGUCAAAGGCAAUUGGUGUGUGCUGUGCUAGACAGUUUAUCUACAGAGCUCCAGUAUACAAACCGGACAAAGUAUUUGGAAGAGCUCAUGGGGCAAAUUCUCUUUUGUUGGGUAGCUUGUGGUGUGAGCUUAGUUGCACUUGUUGAGACAAGGGAUCUUUACGUUUUGAAUGUGGAGCCAGUAAACUUCAUUCAGUAUUGUUGCCAGUGGCUUCUGCCUGCAUUGAUGCUGCAGGAAGACACUUCUAAUAUAUUAUGGGUUUCUAAGGUUGCUCACCAGUCUUGUGCUGAUUUAAUUAAGUAUCACUUUGUACACAUCUUUUCUAUAUGUAUGGCGUUACACUGUAACAAUAAAGUUGAGAGUGACAAGGGAUAUCGAGAGAAGGCUGAGUGUGAUAAGGGAUCUAGGGUGCUGGGAUCAUAUAUUCUUCAGAUUGCUGAAAUAUCUGAACACGAACGAGAUGAACUAAUUAAGAAGCGCAUGGUUUCCAUAGUGAACCAAACAUUAUCUUUAGCUUCCAGUCUCGCAGACCCUCCACUACCAUUCUUCUCUAAAGAUACUAUUGAAAUUGCAAUUCGAAUUGUUGUAGAUGGGUUCUUGGAUAGCGAGGAUCAAUCUAGAAACUCCAACCUUGUGGACAAGAUUAACAUAUUUAGACCUGAUAGAGUAUUUAUGUUCAUUCUUGAUAUGCAUUACAAAGUUACUGCUGCAGCUCAUCAUUGGCAUAAAUGUAAACACUUGGCUGGGGUCGAGGUGCUUGUCAAUCUACUUGGGAGUAGAGCUGCAAUUCCCAGUACUUCUAAUUACCUUUUGAAUUUGACGGGCCACUUUGUUGACUGCCAUUAUUUAACGGAUCAAUGUUGUUGUAUCAUCUCCAUAUUGCUGAGGGUAUCAAGAGAUAGUCCUUCAGUGGAGACUACAAGAGUGUUGGGUGAACAGCUUCAGUUUUUGGUGUCUAAGUUGGUUGCACAUUGUGCUCCUUCUGCAUCCUGUGAUAAACUCUCUGCCAAGGCUUCAUCUCAACCGUUGUUGCUGCUCCAGCAGCUUACCGUCGGUUCUGAUUCAUCUCUGUAUGAAUACAUUAAGGAGUUAGAGCCUUUCCCGGAAUUCAAUAUAUUUGAUGACAUACGGAUGUUCCAUGAGAAAAUAUGUGAAACUUACUCACCAAGGGCUCACUUACUUAAUUUUGUGAAGAGAUCUCAACAUGUCCCGCCAAGAUUCCUUCUUUACAGUUUGAAAGCAUUGCACAAGAAUAUAUCCACAAAAGGAAGGCAUUUGAGAAAGGAGCUUGAUGAGGAUGAGAAUUUUCUCAAAGAUGCAUACUGGCAUUCGGAUAAUGAAAUUGCCCAUGCUCCCUGGAGUCUUGUUUCAAUAUGUAGCUUAGAUGACACAAAUGAUCUUGGAGCUAUGGUGUCUGACUUUAUAUCCAGGGUUGGUAUUGGUGAUCCCCAUCGUGUUGUUUUUCAUAUUCCUGGGGAGUCUAAUGGGCAUGUAUCUGGACUAGCCAAUGCUGUUAAAGCUGCAGAUCCCAAUAUCUGCACAGAUACAGCCAUGUGCAGUGAAGUUCUUCUUGUACUUAUGAGACUAUUAAAGAAGUAUUUAAUGGAUGAUUCUGUUGAGAUGAUUGACUUGGCUUCUCAAGCUUUACGUGGGAUUCUUUCAACUGAAAAGGGUCAGCAAUCUUUGUUAAAUUUGGAUUCAUACGAGAGAUCUCUUAUGGAGGUCCACUCGAAAGGCGUUAAUUUGGAGCUUGUACAAAGUUUAAUAGCAAGUUUGCAGAGAAAAUAUGAUGCUAAAUCAGUUUCCAUAGAAGACUCAGCUGUGUGGUCUACUGGUGAUAAAACAUUUGAGGCAUGGAUUUGUCCACUUGUUUGUGCCAUGAUAAGUUACUGUGAUGACCUUAUUCUUAGAUUAUGCCAAGAUAUUGUACUGGUUAAAUCUGAAGUUGCGGAACUUCUAUUUCCUGAAGUCAUUGUUAAUAUAGCUGGAAGGAAGGGGUCAAAUAUUGAUAUCUGUAAAGUUAUCUCAUUGAAGGUGCAAGAACAUGUAUUUAUUGAGUCAAAUGCAUUGAAGAAAUCGGUUCAAGUAUUUUUGCUUUCUCUAAAUGAGCUUCGACAAUGCCAUGUAAUGGAAAGAACCAAGUCUCCUGCUUCACUUAAUAAGCCAAAAAUUUCAAAGCAUACCAAACAGCCAUCGUCUGUAUUGAGGUCACGUUCCGUAACUUCUAAGGGAAAAGAUCUUGAGACAGCGUCUUUGGGGUUAGGAAUAUCAACAUCCUUAUGGGAAAAGUUUCUCAGAAACACUUUACUGGAUAACUUCAUGUUUGGAAUUGAAAAUGAGUUGCCAAUAGCCAUUGAUCAGCGUGUCAAAUUGGUAGCCUUUGUCCAGGUUUAUUGGCUUGCUGUGGAUUACCUUGUAGUUGCAAAGUCUGCUAUUGAUUGUGGCUCCUACUUUACUGCUUUUCUUUAUGUUGAGCACUGGUGUGAGGAGCAUUUUAAUGGCCUGACAUUGGGCAGCCCAGAUUUCUCUCACCAUGAAACACUCCCGCCUCACGUCGAUAUACUUCUAUCAGCAGUCACCCAAAUCAAUGAGCCUGACAGUCUAUAUGGGAUUAUUCAGUCUCACAAGCUUACAUCUCAAAUAAUCACUUUUGAACAUGAGGGUAAUUGGAGUAAAGCACUUGAAUACUAUGAUAUGCAAGUACGCUCUCAGCCAGUUGCACAAAUUAGUAGUUUCAUCGAUUCUUCUACCGGGAACUAUUUACAGACAGAACAUGCACCCGUCUCCGAAACAGAACAUGGCAUUAACCAGAAGAAACCUUACAAAGGACUAAUUAGAUCUUUACAGCAAGUUGGGUGCACUCAUGUCUUGGAUGUAUAUUGUCAGGGAUUAACUUCUCAGAGGGGCCGGUUUCAGCAUGAUUUAGAAUUUAGCGAGCUGCAGUAUGAAGCUGCUUGGCGUGCUGGAAACUGGGAUUUUUGUCCACUCUAUUCUGGUGCUGAUACAUCAGUUUCAUAUCAAUGCAAUGAUGGGCAUAAUUUCAAUGAAAAUCUGCACAGUUGCUUGAGAGCUUUACAAGAGGGAGAAUUUGAUGAGUUCCAUACGACACUGAAAGACUCAAAGCAGGCUCUUUUGAUGUCCAUCUGCCAUGCCAGUAAGGAGAGUACUGAGCACAUUUACUCAAGUAUAGUUAAACUUCAGAUAUUUUAUCAUCUCGGCAUGGCAUGGGAUUUUAGAUGGUGUUCAUUAAUGGAGAACUUUGAUUCUUCUUCUGGCAGACAGAAAUUGUUAUUGGAACCUGUAAUCCCUACCAUUGAUCAGUUGCAAUGGCUACACAGGAAUUGGAGUUGCAUUUUAAAACAAACAGAUUUACAUAUGAAUUUGCUGGAACCAUUCAUUGCGUUCAGAAGAGUCUUGCUUCAGGUUUUGAACUCUAUGGAUAGUAAAGUGCAUCAUCUUCGCGAAGCAGCCUCGGUUCUUCGUAAGGGCUCUAGGAUUUCUCAGGCUGCUGCAGCAUUGCAUGAGUUUAAAUCUCUCUGCUCUCAGAUGGGAGAAGAAUAUUCCAAUUUGUACUGGCUUGGAAGGAGUUUUAGGAACUAUUCCUUUCACAAGCUAAGCUUUAACUCUGUUCUGGGUGUGGGAAAUGAUACGACUAUUCUGUACCACAGCUUCUGCUCAUAUGCUCUUUUGCUAGAAGAAGCUAAGCUUCUGCGUGCCCAAGGUCAGCAUGAGAUGGCAAUCAACCUUGCGGAUUAUAUUUCACAAAAUCAGCAGUUGAAAGAAGAGGCCCCUGAUGUAUUUCGCUUAGUUGGUAAAUGGCUUGCGGAAACACGAUCGAGCAAUUCCAGGACUAUAUUAGAGAAGUACCUGAAACAAGCUGUUAAUCUAGCGGAGGAUAACAAUACUAACAAGUUAUCUAAAGAGAAAAGAAACCAAAUGCAUUUUCAUCUUGCGCAUUAUUCAGAUGCUCUUUUUCGUAGUCAUGAAGAAAGACUUUAUUCCAAUGAAUGGAAAGUAGCUCUGCAAUUACGGGAACUCAAGGAAAAGGAGAGAGAAGCACUGACCAAGCGUUACAAGAGUGCAGGAAAGGAAGAAAAAAUUGACCUUACACUAAAAAUACAAGAGCUGCAAAAGCAACUUGCGAUGGACACAGAAGAAGAAAAGAAGUUACAAGUAAGUUCACGAAUGAUAAUGAUUUUGACAUUCAAAGUAGCCUUUGUGAGUGGUUAAUAAUGUCUCAUUUCAAUUAUGUGCGUGAAAAGUAGAAUUCCAGAAAACUUUAGUGGUCUAUCAAUCUUAGGUUUCCUUAACAAAGUUUUGCUGCUUAUUUCUACUUUCUUGUAAUCCUACAAAUGAAAAGUCUUGAAAUUACAUUUUUGUAAUACUGAUUUUUCAAAUUUAGUG